CUAAUUAAGGUUAAGUUUUAUAUUUUGUAGUUCUCCUUCAAAACAAUCCCAACUAGGAAUUGUAAAACACAACUCUAAAAUCGAUCCUUUUAGUGUGAAAGAGAGAUAUGUCGAAUCAGAGAUUGAGCCGUAUCGCCAUCCUUAACAGCGACAAGUGCAAACCGAAGAAGUGCGGGCUACAAUGUAAAAAGUGCUGCCCAGUUGUUAAAACUGGUAAGUUAUGUAUAGAGGUCACUGCAACCUCGAAGAUUGCUUUCAUCUCGGAAGAGUUGUGUAUUGGAUGUGGUAUUUGUGUGAAGAAAUGUCCGUUUGAAGCAAUUAUGAUCAUCAAUCUGCCAAAGGAUUUAGACAAGGAUACAACCCAUCGUUAUGGUGCCAACACUUUUAAAUUGCACAGGUUACCUGUCCCUAGGCCAGGACAGGUUCUUGGUCUGGUUGGCACAAACGGUAUUGGGAAGUCAACUGCCCUAAAAGUUUUGGCUGGAAAAUUGAAACCAAACCUGGGACGCUUCAGUAACCCUCCUGAUUGGCAAGAGAUCUUGACUCACUUCCGAGGAUCCGAACUGCAGAACUAUUUCACUCGCAUUCUGGAAGAUAACUUAAAGGCAAUUAUUAAGCCUCAGUAUGUCGACCAUAUUCCAAGGGCAGUUCAGGGAAAUGUCGGACAAGUGCUUGACCAAAAAGAUGAGAGAGACAUAAAGGAAAAACUCUGUGUUGAUCUAGAGCUGAAUCAGGUUUUGGAUCGUAAUGUAGGUGAUCUAUCUGGUGGAGAGCUUCAGAGGUUUGCUAUUGCUGUUGUUGCAAUACAAAAUGCAGAGAUAUACAUGUUUGAUGAGCCCUCGAGUUAUCUUGAUGUGAGGCAGAGGCUUAAAGCUGCCCAUGUAGUCAGAUCCUUGCUUCGACCAGAUAGCUAUGUCAUCGUUGUGGAGCAUGAUCUUAGUGUGCUUGAUUAUUUGUCGGAUUUCAUUUGCUGCUUAUAUGGGAAGCCUGGUGCAUAUGGGGUUGUGACCCUACCCUUCUCGGUCAGGGAAGGAAUUAAUAUAUUUUUGGCUGGAUUUGUUCCUACAGAAAAUCUACGUUUCCGUGAUGAAUCUCUUACUUUUAAGGUUGCUGAGAUCCCACAAGAGGUCGCUGAGGAAAUUGAAUCAUAUGCACGUUACAGAUAUCCAACCAUGACUAAGACUCAGGGUAAUUUCAAGCUUAAGGUUGCCGAGGGUGAAUUUACUGAUUCACAGAUUAUUGUGAUGCUUGGUGAGAAUGGGACUGGGAAGACAACCUUCAUUCGCAUGCUGGCUGGGCUAUUGAAGCCUGAUGUGGUGGAAGGUUCUAAUCUUGAGAUACCAGAGUUUAAUGUUUCAUAUAAGCCCCAGAAAAUUAGUCCAAAAUUUCAAUCCACCGUGAGGCAUUUGCUACAUCAGAAAAUACGCGAUUCUUAUAUGCACCCCCAGUUCUGUUCAGAUGUGAUGAAGCCUCUCCAAAUUGAGCAAUUGAUGGACCAGGAAGUUGUGAAUCUUUCUGGUGGUGAGUUGCAAAGAGUUGCCUUAACCCUGUGCCUUGGAAAGCCUGCUGAUAUAUAUCUGAUUGAUGAACCAAGUGCCUAUCUUGAUUCUGAGCAACGUAUUGUAGCUUCCAAAGUCAUCAAGAGAUUCAUUCUUCACACGAAGAAGACUGCAUUUGUUGUAGAGCAUGACUUUAUAAUGGCAGCUUACCUGGCAGAUAGAGUCAUUGUAUACGAGGGGACGCCUUCUAUGGAUUGUGUUGCAAAUGCACCUCAAUCAUUGUUGACCGGAAUGAACUUAUUUUUAUCACAUCUGAACAUCACAUUUAGAAGGGACCCGACUAAUUUUCGUCCUAGAAUUAACAAACUUGAAUCAGCCAAGGAUAGAGAGCAGAAGUUAGCUGGAUCCUAUUAUUAUUUGGAUGAUUAACCAGACCAAGUUGCAUCCAUGAUCCUUGCUUACCUCUUCCAUUAGGUGCUAAUCGAUGAUCAUGAGCAGCCUCUGGUUAUUUAUAUCAUAGAUGUCUAACGUGAUUAUCGUAGGUUGAUUCUCAGUGAACAGAUAUUCGAUAUCAGCAGAAUACGUUUCUGUUUAAUCGUUGGUUUUUAUAGUAAUUAUUACUGGUAUCAUGUACUCAAAAUACCGCAAUUUUGUCCUCCAAUUUUGACCGUUAAGAGAUUACUCUCUCCUCAGAUUUUCAUUUUGUACAUGAAUUUUUGGCAAAUAAUUGAGGCAUUUAUUUUGAUUAA